ACUCACUUCCGAAUAUUGUCGGAAGUAAAUAGCUAGAGUUCAAAUAUCGAGCACGUUUUCUCAGCGCGGCACAGUAAUUCAUGUUUGAUUUAGGUUAUUCAGCACAUAUUAAUCACAAUUGUCCUUAUUGGAACAACUAUAGCUAGCGGAAAAAAAACGUAAAAAAAGGAAUAUUCACUUAAUCGAGGGCACUAGACCAGAACAGACAUGGCUGGGAUAUUGUUUGAGGACAUCUUUGAUGUGAAAGACAUCGAUCCAGAUGGGAUGAAAUUUGACAGAGUUUCUCGUCUGCACUGUGAAAGUGAGUCCUUCAAGAUGGACCUCAUCUUGGAUGUAAACAUUCAGAUCUAUCCUGUUGACCUUGGUGACAAGUUCAGAUUGGUAAUAGCCAGCACGCUAUAUGAAGAUGGAACUCCUGACGAUGGGGAAUAUAAUCCACAGGAUGAUCGGCCAUCCAGGGCGGAUCAGUUUGACUAUGUGAUGUAUGGCAAGGUAUACAAGAUUGAGGGUGACGAGACCUCUACGGAAGCAGCAACACGUCUCUCUGCCUAUGUGUCUUACGGAGGCCUACUGAUGAGGCUACAAGGUGAUGCCAACAAUCUGCACGGCUUUGAAGUGGACUCCCGAGUCUACCUGCUUAUGAAGAAACUGGCCUUCUAGACUGCCCCCAGUGUGACCACAGCGGCUCCUCUGUCUACAGUACCCCCUGAAAUGGAGGCUGCUACUGUACAUUUGGAUUCUGUAUGAAAAAUGUGGAGAGGAUGUCCAUCUUUAAAGACACUUUGAAGCAGUAGAAUGUUUUAUUUUUUUUAUUUUUUUGUGAUGUUAGAUUCUUCAAAAGAGAGAGACUAGAGAGACCGUAAAGCAAAGUGGUGUAAAUAAAGAUGUUUUUUGAUAAUCUGUAUGUGGUGUGCACUUACUCUAUAUAGAGAGCUAGUUUCAAUGUUACUUUAUAUUCUAUUAUACAAUGUUGGGGAAUGUUCAGAUAAAAUAAUGUUGUGUAAAACAGA